CUGAUAAAAUGGCGGCCGUCCAUUGAUCAGCGUAGGCCCCCCCACGUACAGCAGCCACAGUAUGGGUCGCAGUCCUCCCCCAGCCAGGGGACACGACAAGACAUGAAGGGACACAACUCAUUCAAUGGAAUUGGUUGACAACUGGGCAUCAGUCGAGUUGGCUCUAGGAACAAAUGGGAAUGUGUUGUUCUUUUGGGCGGCGUCAAACUGGAGUUGAGCCAUGUCAAGGUCACCACAGUUUUUACUUUCACCCCGAGGGUCCCGUCAACAGCGGCACCUACAACAUUGUGUACCGGCCGCCCCACCUCAAUGAGCGGCUUGCACCAGGCGAGGCCAAGCCCAGGUUUUGGGUCAACCCCAGCACCGUCCUGCAGAACCCAGCGAUGGUCAGUGUAGCCUGGUGCCAACUGUGCCAGCCUCAACACUUGAACCCAGCCAGACAGACCAAUAAGCGACUCAACCAGCGUAAACCCAAUAAAGUCGAGCCUCACGUGGAGGUCCCUCUCACCUGUCAUGACGUCAGCAUGGAGGGAGGGGAUAAAACCAUGACGGUCAAAGCUUACCCCAACUUCAUCUUACCAUACGUCAACAAGUGUCUGCGCAUCAGGCUGGUGUUCCUGGACCCCAAGGUCGAGCAGCUGGUGGGUGAGUACAGCCACCUCAAGCACGCGCGGGACACGGACAGUGACCCCAUGACGGAGAUGUCACACCUGGUCAGAAACCUGCACUCGCUCAAGCUUCACCUCAAAUACAGCCACGUGGUCCAGGGCCUGCCGGAAGUGACGUUGGAAGAAAACCACGGCGGAAUCAAACGGCUGAAGCGAGUCAGAUAUCGAUCUAUGCCCGUCAACUGGAUCGAUCUCGAUCACCGCAAGCCACGGAUUACCAUCGUUGGAGAGCAGUUCGAGCUGACCCUGGGGCCGCCCUGCCCGGCCCUGACGGCCGAAGACUUCCCUGACGGGAACGGCGAGACCCCCACCAUCCUGGGCACCUACGUCAGAGCUCUGGACACCUGCCCGCGGACCCGGCUGACCUUCAGCGCCAGGCUGUACCAGUGGUUCAACCAGGCCACGCCAGCUGAGUCACACAGUGACGCCAGCAGCAACCAGUGACGUCAGCAGCAACCAGUGACGUCAGCAGCAACCAGUGACGUCAGCAGCAACCUGUGACGCCAGGCGCUCAACGUUUGGUCAUGUCAACUUUUGGCCUGUCAAUGUUUUGUAAUUUCAUCAUUUGGUACUGGCAAGUUUAGGUGAUGUCAACAUUUGAUGAUGUCAACUUUUGAUUAUGUCAACAUUUGUGAUGUCAACUUUUGAUUAUGUCAACAUUUGAUGAUGUCAACUUUGAUGAUGUCAACAUUUGAUGAUGUCAACUUUUGAUGAUGUCAACAUUUGAUGAUGUCAACAUUUGAUGAUGUCAACUUUUGAUUAUGUCAACUUUUGGUGCUCCGGGUAAUAAAGGAAACAACAUUUU